CAUCCGCCCUCCCUCACACCUGGAAGAGGAGCUCCCCCACCGCAGAGCACUUGCCGCCCAGCCACGCCCGCUCGCCAGCCAUCAUGCUAGGUAGCAAGCGACUGGGGCUGUCCGGACUGACCCUCGCCCUGUCCCUGCUCGUGUGCUUGGGUGCGCUGGCCGAGGCUUACCCCUCCAAGCCGGACAACCCGGGAGAGGACGCUCCAGCGGAGGACAUGGCCAGAUACUACUCGGCGCUGCGACACUACAUCAACCUCAUCACCAGGCAGAGAUAUGGAAAACGGUCUAGCCCUGAGACACUGAUUUCAGACCUCUUAAUGAGAGAAAGCACAGAAAAUGUUCCCAGAACUAGGCUUGAAGACCCUUCUAUGUGGUGAUGGGAAAGAACACUUGCUCUCCAAGCUUUUCCUAUUUUCAACCAUAUUUCACUCUGUAAAACCAGAUUCCACCUGUCCUACCUGAGCAUGCAGCCAUUGUGCUGGAUUCUGCCAUGUUUUCCUUUGUCAUCAUUGUAUAUAUGUGCAUUUAAAUAAAGCACCAUGCAGUCAGAAGUG